GAAAACUUUUUAGUAGGGCCUAGCUGGGCCUCACGAGGUGCUCUUUGUCUGUUGAUCAAAGCCCUCCAUCCUAAGUUGGCUCGCUUUUACUGGGCCCCUUUGCCUUCCAACUUCGGUACAUCCCUGCAGGAGAGAGGCUUUGCAUACUGUCUGGUCACAGGUCGGUCGGCCUGGGCCUGGCGGAAAACCAUCCAGCUGAGCGUUCUUAAAUACGCUAUCACAAUGUCUGCCCAUGCGGCCACUGCUGCCUGCAGAUGCAUAUCCCACGCCUUCUUUGUCUCACCAAGCUGCAAUGCAGGGAGCCACCGGUGGAGCACGAACUGCCAGCUCAGUGUCCGACGUUCACAGCAUUGUCCAAGAUGGCGGCAGUUGAAUGUGACUCCAGCUUCUGUGGGUAGCUGGCAGGGCAGCUUGCAACUUAGUGAGAUUAGGAGAGGUGAGAACCGGGGGCCACUGCGCCUGCGGGAGGGAAAAUGCGUUUUAGUGCGGGGCUCUGUGGAUGUCAGGGGAGCAGCCGACGCGCCAGUGGACAUUGCAAGCGACCAAUUCAGGGAAGCCGCCAAGUCCGGCGACCUAAGGCUCUGCAAAGAGCUGCUUGCUUCCGGAGGGAUUGACGUGAACCAGCCAAAUCCAGACAAGGGAGGUUGGACUGCGCUUCAACUUAGUGUCUUUUACCAGCACCCUGAAGUUGCCGAGUUUUUGUUGGACAACGGUGCGGAAAUCGACGGUCGCAACGCGUCCGGAAACACCGCCCUGCAAUUCGCUUGCAUCAAGAGCGACGUCCGAUUGGCGAACCUGCUGAUCGACCGGGGGGCUGACGUCUUCGCGAUGUCAAACGACAAAGGGACAGCUAUUGAUUACGCUGAAGAGUGGGGUGGCGAAGAGAUUGUCAACUUCAUACACCUAAAGGCAACACAGCAAUCUCAAGAGGGAGCUAGCUAGGUAGUUCCCAGUCGAAGCAUCCAUUUUUUGAAAGCAAAGCAGUCGGACUGGGAGAAGGUCUUGGGGAGACCAUUCUUGGAAGACUUCGUUGGGUUACCCUGAGGCGAUGUAGUUACCCAUUAUUGAGUCCUAUGAACCAAUGUUUUCUGUAGAUUUAGAUCAGCUAGAAGUACAGUCUGAAGCCUUUCAAAGCUUGCAGCUCAUAGGAUGGUGGACAUGAAACUCUAAAGGUCCGGUGACGGUUUUGUGUGUUGAGUUAUAUCGCGAGGCCGUGAUCUGAUUAUUUGGUGUGAGCGUGCUAGACACGUUUGUUAAUAAGGGGCGUG